AUGCUUGAGGAAAUUGCUGGGCGUCUUCAAAGCAAGGAGAGGCUUCCCAAAUGCACUGCAGCAGCAGCAGCAGCAGCAGCAGCAGCAGCAGCAGCAGCAACAGCACAAGCAGCAAGCACAUCACCCAAUCCUGCAGUGUCUACGCUGUUACAGCAGCAACAGCAGCCGCAGCUGCUGCAGCAGCAGCAGGGCCAGCAGCAGGGGCUACUACAGCAGCAAGGUAGCAGCAGGAUGGCAAAAAGACACAAAGACAGCAGCAGCGGCAGCAGCAGCAACAGCAGCAGCAGCAGCAGGGUUGCUCACCUGCAGCAGCUGCUCCAGCGCUAUCAUCAGCUUCUUGCUGCAAUCAAGCAAAUAUACCAGCAGCAGCAGCAGCAGCAGCAGCAGCAGCAAACACCACGCAUACUACCCGCACACUGA